UGUCGCCAAUCAAAAAGCUUGGCAGCGAGCUGAGUAAGUAGGGUUUUGAUGUAGUUGGCAGAGAGUGUAGGGGGUUGGAGCGCUUGCUCUCUAAAAAGUAUACAUUCCCACGAAAUUGCAACUUCGUUCUCUACAAUCUAUCGGAACUCUCUUCAAGGAUAGAAAGAUGAAGCCUGUGGUGGGGAUGGUCGUGUCGAACAAGAUGCAGAAGUCGGUGGUGGUGGCGGUCGACAGGCUCUUCCACCACAAGCUCUACAAUCGAUAUGUCAAGCGCACCUCCAAAUUCAUGGCCCAUGAUGAGCACAACCUCUGCAAUAUCGGCGACCGGGUUAAACUGGAUCCUUCUAGGCCAUUGAGCAAGCAUAAGCAUUGGGUGGUUGCUGAAAUUUUGAAAAAAGCACGAAUUUAUGAACCACCAUCGGUGGGAACUACUACCGGUUCAAGCAACAAGAGUGAAGUAUCAAUUUCUUCCUCCUAAGGUUUGGGUACAACCCUUGUUUUGAAUGAAUAUAUGGAUUUGGCAACCUUGUAUUUAAAGGUUAUACUAAACAGUUGUUUAGUAGCUUCUAUUUCAGUUUCCUUCUGAAGUCACAUUUAUUAUUAUUUUUUGCCCGAAAAUAGUUGUCUGGAAUUGUUUCCCUAUUAUGUGUUUAUCUUAUUCUGUUCACUUC